AUGCGGCCCCUCUCCAGCGCUCGCCGGCCCCACCGCCCGAGCAGAACGAGGCAGCCGCCAGAGCGCUGGUCGCCAGGGCCUCCCCUUUGCCCGCCGCCUUUCCCGGGAGGCCCCGAGGACGCAGCGCUCUGUCCCGGCCCCGAAGGCCCUUCUCCCUCGCUCCCGGGGCUGUUGGGAGUCGCCGGUGCCAAAGGCAACCCGAGGAAGUUUCUUCUCUCAGCUCCGGGGCUGCUGGCUGGCGGGGAAGCCCACCGUGUCCCUUCCGAAGGCUGCGCGCCAGAGACGCGGGAGGCCCGGCUUGGAGGUGGACAGGGAAGGCGCCAAAGCCGCCCCCCUCCCGGCCCCCGGGAACCAAACCAGCCUAACUCCUCCCCACAGGCUCUCCGGCGCCUGGAGUGUCUCCCGGAGCCUCCCGCACCGCCCGGAGGAGGUCCCGCCGCCGGGGCAGGCAGCGCAGGGGAGCCGCAGCCGGGAGAGGAGAGGCGCCCUUGUCCUGCCCCGCCGUCGAGCCACAGGGCCAAGGAGCGGAGGGAGCUCCGGGCGGGGGCGGCGGCGGAGGGAGGGGGUGUCUCUUCCAAAAGGACCUGCCCUGGGGGCCGGGAAGGCCAAGGCGCGCGGGGGGGGGCCUUCUUCCCCGGAUUCGAGCCGCCUUUUCCAGCCGCUGCUCCCCUGCCUCUCCCAUCCGAGGGUCUCCCACCGCCGGCAGCCGACUGGGCGCCACGCACGUCGAGGGGGCCUGGUUGCCUCCGGGGUCUCGCGUUCGUUUUGCCAGAGAUUGCCCAAGGGGCAUUUGAUGGCCCCGACGGCGGCCGCCUUCGAGCCCCCUCGCCUAGUCUCCUCUCCCCCACCCCUCCCCCCCAGGCGCGCCAUUCCCGGCAGCGGCCCCCCCCACAUCUGGGGCCCUCUUCCCUCCCCCUCGCAGCAGGGGGGAGGAAGUGGGGCGCAGGACGAGAGGAGCUGCCCGCCAGGGACCCUUCCCAAGACGCGCUCCUUCCCCUUCGCCACGUGGCGCGCUGGACGCAUCCCCAAGGCCUCCUGCCCGGUCCGGCGGCCGCCUCGUCGGCUCUUCGGGGACCUUUCUCGGGGGGGGGGGAGCGGUUGGGGGCGGCGCGGCUUCCCGGCAAAGAGCCCCGGGGGCGGGCGGGCGAGAUCUGGGGCCCUUGGUGCCGUGGCGGGGCUUCUUCAGCCUCGGGUUCUUGCAAGAGGGAUCCUGAAACCUGCGAAGGGAGCAACGUAGCAGCGCCUUGA